GCCAUUGGGCGCCAGGUUGCGCCGCGCUCGCCGCCCCGCGGUCUCCGGCGGAACUGCCCAGCUUCGGGGCGUCCGGGGGAGAGGGCAGCGCCGACGGUCCGGGGCGGCCGACCGGGCACUUCAGAGAGCAGCCUGCCAAACUGCGCGCCGAGUGUAGUACUUGGACGGCGAAUACCCGCGUGUGUGUGUGCGUCGUCGUGUUCUCUGUUGUGGACGCCGCCGCGCGUGUUCCCCGCCGCCGGCCGCGCAGUCGGACUCGAGCCGCCGACGACGACGACCGCCGCCGCCGCCGCCGUGGCAUCGUCGCCGUGUCACGCCACCGUCGUCGACUGCCCCAGCGUCAAGCGAGUGCCGUCGCAGCCGGCGCGCCCACGCGUGUGCAGCCAUGGCCCGCAUUGGAUUGUCGCGUCUCUGAGCUGUGACGACGCGCGACGUGCCCUCCUCGGAUAGGGGGGACGCGACGCCGCAGCACCCGACGUCCCCAGAACCUCAGGGUUCGGCGAGAUGACAUGUCCGAGGAUCUAGCAGUGCUGGGCGACCCACAAACUGUCCACCACGGCAGCUAGCGGGGAAGAUAGAAAUCUGUGCAUCAAGGUCCCGAUGCCAGGCCAGACGACUCAGAGUCUUCAUGGCAGCGCUCCAGCCGCCGGGACGCCGUGUUGUGAGUCCGGGCGCCCCGUCUUGACCGACCCCAUCACGGGCCAGACGGUGUGCUCGUGCCAGUACGACGCUCAGCUGCUCAACUACCAGCGGCUCGCCGCCUCCGGUCUGCCCAUCAACAUGUACGGCACCGCGGCGUACGCCGCAGGGGAGCAAGGCUUCCUGCCGCUCGGCGCCGCCGAGCAGUCCGCCUUCUACUCGCCUUCGGCGAACGGCUUCGACCUGAAGGAGAACUUGGAAGCCUGGCGAAACCUCCCCUACGCAGCGUCCAUGUACUAUCCUUACGACUCGGCCGCCAUCGCCGGCUACCCCUUUGCCAACGGGUACGGCAUGGACCUAAACGGCGCCCGACGCAAGAACGCCACCAGAGAGACCACGAGUACGCUCAAAGCCUGGCUCAACGAGCACCGAAAAAAUCCCUACCCCACCAAGGGCGAGAAAAUUAUGCUCGCAAUCAUCACCAAGAUGACGCUAACCCAGGUGUCCACCUGGUUCGCGAAUGCACGGCGCCGGCUAAAGAAGGAGAACAAGAUGACCUGGUCGCCUAGGAACCGAUGCGACGACGACGACGACGCGGACGGAGACGACGCGCCGCCCGCGCGACACGACUCCAAGGACGGCCAGGCGUCAGCGGCCGCCUCCAGGCAGGAGAACAACAACAAUUCUUCGUCGACGUCAUCGUCAGAGGCCGCCGCCAGAGCCGCCGAAGAGUUGGCCCGGAGGAACCACCAGCUCAUGGCGGCCGCGGCGGGGGCUGCGGGACUCCAGGAGGCCCGCAAAAGGCCACGAGACGAGUCAGAUGAUCUCGUGGACGUUGACGAUGACUCCCGGUCCUCCGACCUGACCGACCUGCGUCGACCCGGCGGAGCGUCGCAAUCGUCUGAAGAGCCUCGGCACGGUCUGCACCACGGUGCCGGCGGCACCCUGUCCGACGCGUCCUUGUCGGACUCGGAGUCGUCGGCGCGCACGCCGGCCGCGUCGCCCAACGGCCACUCUGGCACCGACGUGUCGUCGGCAUCGGCGCCCAAGCCCCGCAUCUGGUCCAUCGUGGACACGGCCACGUCGGGGAGUCCAAGCAGCGCCAUGCUUCCACCGACGGCAUCUUCGCCGGCCGCCGUGGCAGCCGCCGCGCGGAUGGCGUCCCUGCAGAGGUCCGUUCGGCUGGACUACCUGUCGCCCUACCACAAGACGAGUUCCUGGUACGCGAGCACGCUGAGCAGUCUCGGCGCCGCCGGGGGCUCGUUUCCGCUUUCGACGGUGUACAGCGUGCCGACCAUCAUGUCGCCCGCUGCGGGGUUGGCUCCAGUGUCCGCGGGCUCCCCACUCACGGACUCCACGACGGCCGCGUCGUUGAGCAGGUUACGGACUGCCGCGGCGUUUUCAGCAGCCGCCGACAUGGUCUUGCCCAAGCCCGGUGCAGCGCCCCACGGGGCUGGGCCCUCGUCAGUGUUCAACCUGUCGCGGCUAGCCGCCAGCGCGGCGGGACAGCCUCCCGCGCGGUCCUCUGCGGCCGCUAUCGCCGCCGCCGUCGCGUCCACGAGCAGCAGUCCGUCGGUGAGCCAGUCGACGGCCAGCGCGGCGCCACACCAGAGUAGUCCGUCAUGAGGCAGCGCCGCCGUCACUGGACUGAUCCGCUCGCGGCCUUGCGCGCAUCGCUGGCGCAUGCCAGGGGCAGCGUGCGGGGCCGCCUAGGCCAAAAACUGGCGCUCCUCCCGACCGAUGGGACAAGGGCAGUGUGCACAGGACCCCGUGUUUCCCUCCCGCGUAGUGCGUGUGUGCGAGUGUGUGUGCCGCUGUCCCAGCGCUGUAGCACCUGUAGACGGGGCGGUCUUUCGUUGCAUUGCCGGAGGCACGCUAGAGGGCUUCCCUUCUCCUGCGGCGGCAGCACCCACAGGUUCCCCGACCACCGGGGAUCAGCGAGUGUGCACUUGCAUCUUGUGUCGAUACCACCAGCUUGAGCCUCCUACUCCGUCAUAACGUAUUGCGUACGCUAGGAAAUUGUGCACACUUGAAUCAUGGGGCAACCGAGAAACUACCGCCCGCCACCUCGACGCUGCCACGUCUUCUCGUGACUGCGAGAUGGCGAGGCGUGUUGAAACUAAGUUAUAACAACGUGGCGGACGGUGUCGUUUCUCGUUGGCUGUUGUGGGGUCGCGCCACGGGAGGAGGGGCUGCUGUUCAGGUGCAGCGCUUACAGCACAUGUGGCAAUGCGAGAGCAAAGGAAAACGUGCAAGCCUCUUCCAUCCCCCCCCCCUUCCACUCCCCCCCACUUGUACAUAGAAGUCGGAAAUCUCUCGUGUUCUGUUCGCUACCGCCUCUGUACAAUUGAUGUCAUCCCGCAUCGUAAAAGUUGAAAAAAAGGUUCGAGAAACAAGUGUCACCCGCAGGCUGUCCGUAUCUGCCGUUAUUUUUAAUAACGCUGCGAUUUCAAUUUCUGCUCUUCGACUUUUGGUUUAGUGAACCCAGGAAAAAUGACACACUUAAAAUGCUUCGCAUCGAAAAUAAUUUCUGCAUACACACUUUUGCACGUGAGUUCUUCUGCCACUAGCAAGUCAAAAGCGAAAGCCCAUUGGUCGUCACAUAUCACGUGAUUUACGACACCCUGUAUACAAAAUACUCUCUAGAAGCUUGUAACAUCCGAUAUCUCAAUUCAGCGACCAUGUCGAUCAAAUGUCACUACCCCCAAAUCCAACGAGGCCCCACUUAGGAACAAAAUUUACAAGAAAGUAGUGUCCUAUUGUUUAAAAGUUACUCGACGUUUUUCACCAUAUAAACUCUCUCGCGGGAACCGCUCAUUAAACAGAGACUAAUCAAUUGGACACCUUUUUAAAUGCAUACCUUCUUCUCGGCAAUCGUGCUAGUAGUCUGGGCUGGCCCAAAAUUACCGAGCAAGCGGAAAAAGUAAUACCAAAAAGGGCGGGCAGUGAAGCUGCAUCGAUUCCCAGCAGGGGAGGUAUGGUAAACGCCCUAUUGUCGUAGGACCGAUUUUGAGCUAAUCUGUGAUCGCAUGUUUCGCGUUGCCGUCAAGAGUUGAAGUCAGUUUACAUAUCACUCGAGCCGCGCUACUUCGAGUGGUGCUCCCGUAGACAAUUUUGGCACAGAUCUUUAAGUGUCUACCCCAGCAGCUCAAGAACUGUAUAGCGAGAGAAGCGUACCACUUCGAACAAUGACGUAUUGCAUUGCCUGCUUGCUUCCGAAUAGUACUCGUGCCGUGUUCAAACGAAGCUUUUCGAUAGUCUCGCUUACGAGCAUAAUAUAACCCCAAAAGGGAAGUUCACGCAGACUUUUUGCUCCCUCUUUUGCCACUCGAGGCAGUUACAGGUUUUAUCGAGGCGUUUGGUGGGAAAGUCAUACGAAAUUCGACGUUCUGUCGUCAUGCGUUCCAAAACCUACGAUUGUGCAGGACGAAAAAAGAUAAAAAAAAGAGGAAAAGACCGACUAAUAUAACUUCGUAUUUCGAUCUGUUCUCUGACGUCCGAAAAGCGAUUCGGAAGCCACAAUCUUCCGAGACCAACGAACGAUUGAAAAUAGCUUCGAAUGCCUGAGAGAGAGAGAGAGAGAGAGAGAGAAAUCUCGUUCAUCGGAGCUUUUCCAGUUUUAUUCAUGUAUGCUCUUUGCUCUACUCUUUUAAAUUAUCGAAGUGCUUCGGCACAGACCGUAGGAUUGUCGUUGAAAGGUAAAAGAGAUGCUCUCCUUUUGCAACUCUCCAGGUGUGGUUUGCUGAUCACUGCGGAUAUUUUCAACGCUGGAUAAAAAACAAUCAUCAUCAUCAUCAUCUAUGUGAGGAUAGAGCAGUACCUCAAUGGCUGCCGUAAAUGCCUCUUCACUUCGAUCAGAAAAGUCCUGUAACAACUGCUUCCGUAGAAUAUUGUUUGCGGUUGUGGCAUUUAAACGGAAAUAAGUAGCGUUAUUUAACUGCAGUUUUUUUUUUUUUUUUUUUACGUGAAUUACGCAGAUUUGUAUUUAAAUAUUUUAUGUAUCCUCCUGGUCACGUCCGUCAAGCCAUCGGCGCUUUGAAAGUAAUGGAGUGACGAGAAAGAAACCAAGGAUUUACGGCUGCCAUUUAGGAAUUGCUGUGUCCUCGCAUAGGUGAAAAAUGUCCUUUGUAUCUCCCGGAGAAAACAUCCGUAGUGGUCAGCAAACCGUCGCAGGUGAGAGAGCGCGAAGGAGUGUACUAGAAACAAGCUCUCAUGUAGGCUUUUGGUUUGGUUAUGUUUUACAUUUUCUACAAAAUUAUCAUGAUUAAUAUAAAAGCGGGCAUAUAAUAAUGACAAACUGUUCAAGCAUGCCAUACACUUUUACGAGUUUUUUUUAAUUCUUUCAACGAAAGUUAAGCCUUUGUAAUAAAAGCUGUUGUGUUACGUGAACUAAAAAACUCGGUAUGGGAAGAAAAUUCAUGCGAAAACUUAACGUAAACAAAUCUUGAAUGACCUUUAGACUUUUGUUUUUUUUUUAGAAAUGUUUUGCGUUUGUAUACACGUAGGGUACAGCGUACUGCAAACAAUGUUCAGGCGCACUUGCAUUUACCUUUCGUUUUACACGCGCUGUUCGUUUCCUUUUUUGCUCGAGUGGAUAUUGUGAGUCGUUGGCCCUUGGUCCGAAUCAGCCUUCUGAAUUGUUUUCGGUUAUUGGCAGAUUUCAAUGCUUCGUCUCAUAAAAGUGAAAACAUGCAGCGCUGCGUUCGAUUUGAUCCUACAUCGCAUCAUCGGGUGUCCGAGUUCUCUCGUUGCUGAAGGGUGUGGCACACGGACGGCGUCACAAGAGGGGCGUGGCAACGGGGUGUCGCGUUUCUGAUUGGCAGACAUUGGGCAGACAUUGUCGGUCACGGCACGCCAACUCUUCCUGUGCACCGUGCGUAAAUCUGCCGAACGGUUCUUUGCGAUGAAUGCUUGUGUGACGCGUCGAAGAAACUAUUGUGCGCGUUGGUCGGGAGAAUGUCCGCGGAGUUCAAAAUGCAGGGCUCUCGCGACAGUUCACACGGAUUGACGAAUAACCCGAGUCGUUAACUUAUUCAAAGGCAAUGGUGCAAACAGACUGUACAUAGUGAAAACCGAGAAGGAACGGUAGGAUCGAUUACCGACGUAAAAGCUCGAAAUGAAAUGUCAAAUGUUUGUGUUUCAUUGGCGUUGUGUUCCUUUGUUUUUGUUUAGUUUAUCAUUUCGAAGCAGUUGAUUUCACGUCUUGGAAUCCUUUAUUUUCCGUUUCCUCCGCUGCCGUCAUGGUUGGUUCUACAUGAUGACGAUGAUGAUGAUGAGACUGCGUGUGUAAUACAGUGAAAUACAACGUGUUGGAUUAAAAUAUAGUGAUGAGAAACAAA